AUGCCUCAGAGAGGACAACAGAAGUGGAAAGGCAAGGCAAACACUGAUAAGGCGGUGGCUGAAGCAGUCACUAACAGAAUUGGUGGGUUGAGUAUAGCUGAAAGUCAAGGAAAUAAUAAUAACAAAACUAUUGGGAAGCCUAAGUCAUAUGGAACAAUUGCCAAUGCGGAUGUUGAAAAUGCGUCUGAAACAGCCACAGCAACAUCAGCUGCUGCUGCUCCAAAAAGCAAAGCUAGUUUGAGUCAAAUAUUCAAGGGCAAUUUAUUGGAGAAUUUUACAGUGGAUAAUUCGACCUAUUCACUUGCUCAAAUAAGAGCCACUUUCUAUCCUAAAUUUGAAAAUGAAAAGUCUGAUCAAGAGAUUAGGGCCAGGAUGAUAGAGGUGGUAUCCAAAGGGUUGGCUACCUUGGAGUUCAGUGAGAAGCUAAUUCUAAAUGAUGAUAUCCUUGACCCGUUGGAUUUGUUGGAAAUGACUUUUCUACAGGUAACUCUUAAACAUUCUGGAUCACUUUUUAUGUAUGCGGGUCAUGAGGGUGGAGCAUACACUGCUGUUGGUGUCUUUGUUCUUGGACGGAUGUUUCACGAGGCAUGGGGAACUGCAGCUGGAAAAAAGCAAGUGGAGUUCAACAAUUUUCUUGAGAGAAAUCGCAUGUGCAUAUCAAUGGAACUGGUUACUGCUGUUCUAGGAGACCAUGGGCAACGCCCUCGAGAAGAUUAUGUGGUAGUGACUGCGGUCACAGAAUUGGGCAAAGGAAAGCCAAAGUUCUACUCAACUCCCGAAGUGAUUGCCUUUUGUAGGAAAUGGCGCCUUCCAACAAAUCAUGUUUGGUUGUUCUCAACAAGGAAAUCAGUGACAUCCUUUUUUGCGGCCUAUGAUGCACUGUCUGAAGAAGGAUUGGCAACAACUGUAUGUCGGGCUCUUGACGAAGUUGCUGAUAUAUCUGUUUCAGGUUCAAAAGACCAUAUAAAGGUGCAGGGUGAAAUCUUAGAGGGUCUUGUGGCUCGCAUUGUAAGUCAUGAGAGCUCAAAGCACAUGGAGGAUGUAUUGCGAGAAUAUCCUCCUCCACCAGUUGACGGAGCUGACCUUGACUUGGGGCCAAGUUUAAGGGAAAUCUGUGCUGCAAAUAGGUCAGAUGAGAAACAGCAAAUAAAAGCGCUCCUUCAGAAUGUUGGCUCUUUGUUUUGCCCUGACUUUUCGGACUGGUUUGGGGUCGAAUCUGGUGAUAGCCAUUCAAAAAAUGCCGACAGAUCAGUUGUCUCGAAAUUUUUACAAGCUCACCCUACUGAUUUUUCAACUGCCAAGUUGCAGGAAAUGAUUUGUUUGAUGAGAGAAAGGCGCUUCCCAGCUGCUUUUAAAUGCUACCAUAACUUCCACAAAAUCGGUUCUGUAUCUACUGACAAUCUUUUCUAUAAAUUGGUCAUACAUGUCCUCAGGGACUCAGGUUUUCAGCGAUAUCAAAAAGAGAUGAGGCACAAGCCUGAAUUAUGGCCAUUGUACCGAGGUAAAACUCUUGAAUCUUGUGCACAAGGGCAAUCUAACUUUAGCGUGCAUUCCAAAAUUUCGUAUGAGCAAGCUAACAAGGAGAGAGCUGCUGAAAUUGCAAAAAACAACAAUAACAUAGUUGGAAAUGUUAAUGAUAGUGGUGGCAGACCAACAAAAGAUGGUUUAGCUGAUGAUGAUGCAAAUUUAAUGAUCAAACUGAAAUUUCUUACAUACAAGUUGAGAACCUUUUUGAUCCGCAAUGGCUUGUCAACUCUUUUCAAGGAGGGCCCACCUGCCUACAAGGCAUACUACCUCAGGCAGAUGAAAAUCUGGGGCACUUCAGCUGGAAAGCAGAGAGAACUCAGCAACAUGCUUGAUGAAUGGUACUGUGAGAAGGCUGUACACAUACGAAGAAAAUAUGGAAAGAAGCAGUUGGCAUCUUCAAUUUACCUGACUGAGGCUGAGCCUUUCCUUGAACAGUAUGCAAGUCGAAGUCCAGAGAACCGGGCUUUGAUAGGAUCAGCUGGCAGCUUUGUUCGGGCGGAAGAUUUCAUGGCCAUCAUAGAAGGAGGUAGGGACGAAGAGGGUGACCUUGAGGCGGAUAAGGAGGUGGUGCCUCCUAGUCCUAUUUCCUCAGGCGAGGAAACUGUUCAAAAGGAUAAGGGUUUGAUUGUUUUCUUUCCAGGAAUUCCGGGAUGUGCUAAGUCUGCACUUUGCAAGGAAUUACUAAAUGCCCCUGGAGGUCUUGGAGAUGAUCGCCCGCUCCAUAGUUUGAUGGGUGACCUUGUUAAAGGAAAGUACUGGCCGAAGAUUGCUGAGGAGCGGAGGAAAAAACCAUAUUCUAUAAUACUCGCAGACAAAAAUGCACCAAAUGAAGAGGUUUGGAGACAGAUUGAAGGGAUGUGCCGGAGUACCCAGGCCUCUGCUGUUCCAGUCAUACCAGAUUCAGAAGGGACGGAUUCAAAUCCAUUUUCUCUUGAUGCAUUAUCUGUUUUCAUGUUCCGUGUACUUCAGCGUGUUAAUCAUCCGGGAAAUCUGGACAAAGCAUCUCCAAAUGCUGGUUAUGUGCUACUUAUGUUCUAUCACCUCUAUGAUGGCAAGAAUCGUGCUGAAUUUGAGGGUGAACUAAUUGAACGUUUCGGCUCUCUUGUCAAGAUGCCAUUGCUGAGAUCAGAUAGGAGUCCCCUGCCAGAUCCAGUGAGAUUGACUCUAGAAGAGGGAAUAAAUUUAUACCGACUGCAUACUAAUGCACAUGGAAGAUUGGAAUCCACUAAGGGUUCAUACGCAAUGGAGUGGGCUAAGUGGGAGAAACAAUUGCGGGAGGUUUUAAUUGGCAAUGCUGAGCAUCUCAGUUCCAUUCAGGUUCCAUUUGAGUCUGCAGUAAGGCAAGUGUUGGAACAGCUACAGAAUAUUGCAAAGGGAGAAUACACACCACCAAGUACAGAGAAGAGGAAAUCUGGCGCAAUUGUUUUUGCUGCUGUCAGUUUGCCAGUUACAGAAAUCUCCAGUCUCCUAGAUAAGGGACCCGUAUCUAUUAAGGUUCGGACUUCAUGUUUAGAUGCUGGAGGAAGUGUUUUACUUAUUAAUAAAGCCUGUGAGAAUCUUAUUGUCCAAUUGGCUGAGGAUAACCCCAAUGUGAAAACCUUUCUCUCGGACAAGGACAUGGAGCAGAACCUUAAGAAGGCUCAUGUCACUCUUGCCCACAAGAAAAGUCAUGGUGUUACGGCUGUAGCUAGUUAUGGGCUUUUCCUCCAUCAAAAGGUCCCUGUGGAAUUGACUGCCCUUCUUUUCACUGAUGAAAUGGCUGCACUGGAAGCGGAAAUUGGUUCUAUUGAUGGCGAAAAAGUUGUACCAAAAAAUGAGUGGCCCCAUGUUACCAUAUGGACUGGAGAAAAAGUUGCGGCCAAGGAGGCCAACAGAUUGCCUCAAUUGCUUCUGGAGGGUAAAGCAACUCGUACUGAAAUCAAUCCACCCAUCACCAUAUCUGGCACAAUAGAAUUUUAUUAG